AUGCAACCAACGACAACAGCAUCUAAUGUACCGACAAUUACAUUUUACAAUUAUGUUUCAGAUAUUAUUAGAUCAAUUCAUAUGGAUGAAAGUGUGAUUUUUAGAAAUGACGAGUUACUUAAUUCUUUUAUAAACAAAAGUAAUCCAGACUUAAUUUAUAUACUAAAAUGCACGGAUGAUGAUUCUUUUCAGGUACUCAACAAUUUGGCUACCAUUGUACCAAACCAGCUAAUUCUGUUGACACUAAUCAUUAAAGGUAAAGGAAUUUUGAAUGAAGAGGUUUCAUUAAAGUCACAAUUAAAUAUUAUCAAUCUACCCAUUAACUCAAAAAAUGUUGCCAACAAUUCAAUAGAUACGAUAAAACUGACUAUAAAUUUAGGAUUAUUGCCAUAUUAUGAAUUAACCAAUGGAUCAAAUGAAGAUUCAUCAAAUACAAUUAAAAAGUUCAGAGAAUUAUCAUCGUCAUUACAAUCACUUAGCAUACAACCUCCAGAUCUAAUAAUUUCAACGCAUCCUAAAAUUAAACAAUUAUUAAAUUCAAACGAUUCAAGAAUUGAAGGACUUAAUGAUAUGGCAUUUUUUAAUGAGUUAACUUCAAUAACUAACGAUUGGAUAAAACAAAUACAAAGCAUUACUAAAAUAAAUCAUAAAUCCAAAAGUCUACAAGAAGAAAUUGAAUUUUGGAACUCUAUUGAUUCAGCGAUAUCGUUAAUUCAAAAACAAAUGAAAAGUCCAGAAGUUGAAAAAACAUUGGAAAUACUAAAUCAAGCUAAAAGAUUUCACGUUAUUUUAAGUUUUGAAAAUGAUACUGGUUUAAAUGAUAUACAAAAAAUUUCAAUCACAAAAAAUUCAUUCUUAAAAGACAUACCAAUGAAAGAAUUGAUUGACAUAGAUGAAGAAGUGAAUUUUUCAAAAAUUUAUGGGGCAGUUUCGGAUUUAUUUUACCACUUGAAACAAAAAAUGGGAUUGUUGUCCGUUUCAGAUGCUGUUGAAAUGACUAAUCUACUAUUAAACGAUCUGGUAAUUAAAUUUAAAAAUGCAUAUUCUCAAUUGAAAAUAAUGUCUGUUCCAUACAGUAAAUUUCAACACGUAAUACAAGAAAGUUUUGAUAUCAUUCAGUUAGUAGAGGAAAAUGUAAAAUACAUACUGAAUAUGCUUCGAGAGUUAGCAAGAAAGAAACAAGAAAAAGUAAGAUCAAUAAUACAUCAAACAAAUUUGACCAAUCUUAUCGCACGAUUGUCAGAGGUUAAGCAAUUAAGAAAUAAUUAUGAGAACCUUAAGACUAGUUUGCUGAACACCUUACAAGGAGAAGAAAAAAAUAGGUACAUUCUGGACCUUUAUGAAGCAUAUGGUACCUAUCUUUUAUCAAUUAAUGCUGCCGAUUUUUCAGAUGAAGCUCAAAAAAAUUGGCUCAUGAAUGAAAGUUCAUACAUGAAAAUUUACAAUUCAGUUUUCACUUACUGGUUCACAAAAAUAAAUUUAUAUUUUGACAAUGCUAAACUGUUUUCUGAUUAUUUAAACAUUUUCAAUAAAUUUUUCCCAAAUCGAAAGUAUGAUUCAAAUUUCAUGCCCAUAAAUGAUACUUACAAAUUAAAAUUUUUGGAAUUUGCAUUAGCAGAAAUUCAAAUAUUAAAAGAUUCUGCUACUACAACUAUUAAUGAUGAUUACGAAAAAAUUAUUAUUUACACAGAACUAACCUACAAAAUUCAAUUUUAUACAGAAAAUUUACAAAGGAUAUUAGGUAAUGAUUGGCUAAAUUAUUCAAUUGGUCAAAAGAUUGACACAAUCACUAAAAGUUUGUUGACAACCAUCAAUUCCAAUUUAGCAUUUGAAAGUUGGAUUUCGAAAAUUGUUGAUUUGACACCAAUGAAAAAAUCAGGUGUUAUUAUUAAAGUUUUAAACAAAGAUGGAAAAUAUAACGUCACUUUAAAUGUCGAUUUCUCAAUAUUUAACACCGCAGAGAGUAUAUAUGCCUUGGAAUCAUUAGGUUUUAAAUUCCCGAUCAGUCUCAAGUUGGCCCAAAAAAAGAAUUUGAUGUUACUUAAUAUGGCUUAUGAUAUUGCUGAUCAAAUAACUUCAUUUAAUAAAAUUUUUCAAGCAACUCCAGAAAAAUUAUUGAAUUAUAUUCCAGACUCAAUUGAAGAUCUAAUUGAAUUGAUAUUACUGAUUUCUAAUAUUACGUGGUCUCACUUAUCUGAUGCCAUAGAUUUAAUAAAUCAAAAUGAUGCUUUAUUACUUAGUAGUGAAAACUUAAUUGAAAUACAAUCAAUUAGACAAUUGCAGAAAUUAAACGAAAGUUUAACUCAGAUAAAUGCUCAAUUGACAGACUUACAGAAUUUUCAUAAUUUUAUCAAAAAGCAAUACCACAAAUUACAACUUUGUUUUUAUGAUUAUGAGGUUAUCCGACUAAUAAUGAGGACUAUUGAACGAAAAUUUGAAAUAUCAAGUUUGGGAAAGUCGGGAUUUAAAGUAGUUCAAAGUGUUAAUGAUGAAAUAAAAUUAAUUUUAGCAAGCAGAUUAGAAACUCAAUUAAAAAUUUUUACAAAUAAUUUAGAUCCCAUAGCUCAAAAGUUGGAAAUUGUCGAACUUGAAGGUUAUCAAGUUAAGUUUGAAAAGAUAACUCAUCAAAUAAUAAUCGUAGAUGGUUCUUUAGAGAUCAGUCCAAACUUGGUUGACGGCAAAAAUCAAUUGUAUUCAAUUAUCAAUCAGUUAAUGAAAAUAGUUGCACAACAGAAAUACAUCUCGUUGAAUAGAACUUAUUCAGAUAUUUUGUCAGUUGAAAUAGCUAAUAAUGCGUGCAAUAACGUGGUAGAUCAAAUUACAAUAUGUUACGAUGAAGCUCAAGCAUACUUGAUAAGGUGGAAAACUUUUCAGACAAUUUUAGUGUUGGACACUUUUGAGAAUUUAUUUGUUGAUGAUCUAAGCAAGUCAUUUGAUAUUUUGAAGGAAUGUUGUGGUUACGAAAAGCUCUUAGAUGAACCUGAAAAACAUAUAGGUGGUUUAAUCCUCAUUGAUACGAAACAAAUUCAAGCCAAAAGCUCAAUUUUGUAUGCUUCAUUCAAAAAAUCUAUUCUCAUCGAAUUUUCAAAACUAUUUACUAAGGAGGUUAAACUAUUUAGCAAUGAACUUUUACAAAUGAGAUCAGUACUUGAGAAACCACUAAGAUUCCAUUACGAAGUAAGUCAAGUGAUCAAAUAUAUUGGAAAAAUAUUUGAUGGAAGAAACAAAGUUGAAAUUUGGGAUAAUUUAUUAACAUCAUUUUCAACAAUACAGAAUUAUUUGACAAAACAAAAAUUCGAAUUUCCAGAAAACUGGUUAUUUAUUGAUCAAUUAGACUUAGAUCUUUCCAAGGUGAAAGUAUUACUAGAAGAGAAACAAGUUUUGAUUUUGAAAAACUUAGAAUUUUUGUCAGCCAGUCUAAGAUCAGAAUUCAAAGAGUCAACAAGUUCUUUAGUGAAAUUAAAGGAAGAUUGGAACAUUAGCAGACCAAUCUCUGGUGAAUUAAAUCCCGCCGAAGCGUUAAAUUUGUUAAAUAAAUUUUACAACAAGCAUGAAGAGUUAGUCUCCUAUAUAACUAUUAUAUCUAAUAUUGCAAGUGAGUUGAGAAUUGAAGAUUUGAGUUUCAAUAAUUCUUUGAAAACAUUAGACGAUAUUAAAAAUUUAAAAAAAGUUUGGGCCUCAGUAAAUUCGUUUUGGGAAGAUUUAGAAAAAUUGAAAUGUAUUACAUGGUCUGACUUAGAACCCUUACUGUUACGUAAAGAAUUGAAUGAAAUUCUAAUAUCUAUUAAGAACUUACCUUUUAGUAUGCGGCAAUAUUCAGCUAUAAAUGAAAUUCAAAAUUUGAUAAAAAAUAAUUUAAAUGAUCAUUCAACAAUUGUUGAUUUGAAGGGUGCUUCAUUAAAAGAAAGACAUUGGAGUAAAUUAUUUGACCAACUUGGUCUAAAAGUCAAUAAAGAAAUAACACUUGGUGAUGUUUGGAAUCUCAACCUAGCACUAAAUAUUCAAUUUGUUACCGAAAUUUUAGAGCAAGCAAGAAAUGAGAAAACAAUUGAAGAAAGCUUGACAAAGAUCGAGGAAAACUGGUCAGAGACUUAUUUCGAAUUAUUCAAUUUCGAAAACAAAUGUAGGUUAGUGAAAAAAUGGGAAAAGUUAUUUGAUCAAAUUGAAAGAGAUUUAGAUACAAUAAAUUUAAUGAAGAAAUCAACUUAUCUGAGCAAUUUUGAAAGAAAAAUUUUGGAAAUUGAAAACAAACUAAAUUCACUAAAUAUGAUUUUAGAUUCAUGGGUUGAUGCACAAUCAGAAUGGAUUCAAUUGGAUGGAGUAUUUGGAAAUGAAAAUAAUGAAGUCAAAAAUUUACUACCUAUUGAAUAUUCAAGAUUUAUGAAUCUAAGUUUUGAGUUCAUGACACUUUUAAAAAGGAUAUAUAAAUUUGAUAAAGUCAUUGAGAUAAUUCAAAUAACUGACUUGCAAACAUUAAUGGUGAGAUUUUUGAAAACUUUAUCUACAAUUCAAAUUUCAUUAUCAGAAUAUCUAGAAAAACAAAGAGAUUUAUUCCCAAGGUUUUUCUUUCUUGGAAAUGAAGAUUUACUAGAAUUAAUUGGAGCUUCAAAUGAUGUUAGUAGGAUUAACAGGCACAUUAAGAAAAUGUUCAUUGGUGUUGGUGAACUUAAAUUUGAUCAAGAUAGUCAUUCAAUAGUUGGUGUGAUCAGUGCAGAAGGUGAAACACUUCAAUUCGUUGAAAAGGUGUCACUAAUCGAGUAUACAAUGCUCCAUGAAUGGCUUACACAAUUGGAGAUCCAAAUCAAAAAUUCUUUAAUUGAUUCAUUCAGCAAGAAUUAUCCAAAAUGGUCCAGUAUAGUUGAAAAUCUUGAUGAAAACAAGCUUAUGAAAUUGUUGGAUGAAGUACCUGGUCAAUUAUCUAUUUUAAUUUUGCAGGUGAUGUUUACGGAUCAAGUUGAAAAUGAUUUGGUUAAAAAUUAUGAAAAUAACAUAAAAUCCGUGCUUCAAAUCCUUCCAAGUAUUUUGAGAACUACAAAAUCUACUUUAUUACAGAAAAUCGUUCAAAACAUGAUUAUUGAAAUUUUGCAUCAAUUAGAUACCAUCAAUCAACUUGAAUCAUCAGAUUUAAAUCUUAUUUGGCAAGUUCAACAAAAAUUCUAUCAUAGUGGGAGAAAAGUAAUUAUGAGACAAGCACGUUGUGAAUUCGAAUAUGGUUUUGAAUAUUUGGGUGUGACUGAAAAAUUAGCUUAUACUCCAUUAAUUAAUAACUGUUACUUAACAAUGACUCAAGCAUUAGCCUUAAAAUUAGGUGGAUCUCCAAAAGGACCUGCUGGUACAGGUAAAACAGAAUCUAUCAAAGCAUUAGGUCAUAAUUUGGGAAAAAUGGUUAUUGUAUUCAAUUGUGAUGAAAAAUUUGAAUUUGAUUCAAUGGGUAGAAUAUUUCUUGGAUUAUGUAGAGUUGGAGCAUGGGGUUGUUUUGAUGAAUUUAAUAGAUUAGAUGAUCAUAAUUUAAGUGCAGUUUCUACACAAAUAGAAACCAUUCAAUCUGGAUUGAAAAAUGUCGAAGAAGUGAUUCAACUAUCAAGUAGGGAUUGUAAAGUUAACUCAGAAACAGCUUUAUUUGUUACUAUGAAUCCAGGUUAUGUUGGGCGAAAUGAAUUGCCUGAGAAUUUAAGAAAAUUAUUCAGAAGCUUUUGGAUGUCAAAGCCAGACAUUCAAAUAAUAGUGGAAGUCUUACUAUCUUCUCAAUCUUUCAAUUGCUCGAAAGAAUUGUCUCAAGUAAUCUACAAAUUUUUCAGAGAUAUAUCAUUAAACUCCACAGAACAAAAGCAUUAUGAUUUUGGAUUGAGGGCAAUAAAAUCCGUAAUUAAUUUGUGUGGUAAAUUGAUACGAGAUCUGGUUGCAGUUGAUUCAACCAAAGAAAGUGAGAUUGUGUUACAAAGUAUCGAACAAAUGAUAUUACCUAAAUUAGUUAGUUCCGACUUGAAAUUAUUUGAAUCGUUGCAAUCAAAAUAUUUUCCAAAUAUAAUGAAGCCUCAUGGUGAUGCAACUACCUUAUUGUAUCAGCUUGCAGAAAAUCUUAAAUUGGAUGGAUUAGUUGAAGGCUCGGCUUUUAUGAAAAAGUGUUUGCAGUUGAUCAACAUUCAAGCUUCAAAUCACGGUAUUAUGUUAGUAGGUGAGUCUGGCUCAGGAAAAUCAACUGUUUUAAAAAUGGUAAUGAGGACCUUAUCCAGUGUUGAUGAAGUAGAGCAUUUGCCAAUUUUCAUUGAUCCAAAAGUCAUGUCAAAAGAACAUUUAUUUGGUAAAUUUGAUAGUCUUACCAAACAAUGGACUGAUGGUCUUUUCACGAGUCAUUUGAGAAAAAUUAUUGACAAUGCAAGAGGUGAAUUAAAAAAAAGAAUUUGGAUUGUGUUUGAUGGAGAUAUUGAUCCAAUUUGGGCUGAAAAUCUAAACAGUGUUUUAGACAAUAAUAAAGUUUAUACUUUGCCAACUGGAGAAAGAUUAGUGUUGCCUCCAAAUGUCACCAUUGUAUUUGAAACUAACAGUUCGGAAUAUACUACUCCUGCAACAAUUAGUAGAUGUGGAAUGAUUUGGUUUGAUGAAUCUUUAGUACCUUUGGAACAUCUACAUCAAAAAAUGAUGUUUAACUUGAUGAAUCACCUUCUGCAAAUUAAUGACGAAAAUGGUAGACUAAUACAAACAAUGAGAUUGCAAAAUCAACUAGUUGAUCAAAUGAAGGAGAUUUUAACGUCAUCAUUAAUGGAAGAAUUGUUUGUUGAAAGUACUAAAUUGAAUCAUAUUAUGUUAUAUCUGUUUCAAAGGGCUAGUUCAUUUUUGGAAGCUAUGUUGAAAACGUUUAUUGACAGAUUAGUAAGCAUUGAAGUAACUAUAGACACCUUAAAUUUCGAUUUUAAGAAGUAUGCUGCUAUGUCCAUAAUUAAAUCCUUAGUUUGGUCUUUCGCCGGUGAUUGCAAUAUUAAAGAAAAGUCGGAUUUUGCAAAAAUUGUCUCAUCUAAUAACGCCUUCAUGUUCCUACAUAUUCCUAAUGGUGAUAUAUUAGAUUAUGAUAUUAGUCUUCCUGAUUGUGAAUGGUUUGAUAUUAAUUUAAAAGUCGAAGUAUUAGAUUUACAUCCACAUGAGAUAAAUAAUCCAAAUAUUAUUGUUCCAACAAUUGAUACACUCAAACAUGAAGAUCUUAUCUACUCGAUGCUUAAGCAACACACAUCAAUACUUCUUUGUGGUCCACCUGGUUCGGGUAAAACGAUGACUUUAUUAAAAGCACUCACAAAAGCUAAAAAUUUGGAAAUGCUUGCACUUAAUUUUUCAAAAGAAAGUACAUCCAAGUCACUAAUUGAUGCAAUAGAAAAUUCAUGUCAAUAUGUAAAAGCAAAUGGUAAAUUAAAAUUACGUCCUAAAUCUACAGGUAGAUGGUUAGUGGUGUUUUGUGAUGAAAUUAAUCUACCAAAGUUAGAUGGUUAUGGUUCACAAAAUAUAAUUUCCUUAAUUAAUCAAAUGAUCAAAUUCAAUGGGUUUUGGAGAACGAAAGAUAUGCAAUGGGUUACAUUGGAGAAUAUUCAAUUUGUUGGAGCAUGUAAUUCACCAAAAGAUCCAGGUAGACAUGAUUUAAGCUCAAGAUUUUUACGUCAUGUAUCGUUGAUAAUGGUUGAUUAUCCUGGUAAGAAUUCAUUAUUUCAAAUUUAUCAAACGUUUAACAAUGCUAUUUUCAAAUGUGCUCCUGAUUUAAAACCGUUUAUUACGAAUACAACUCAUGCAAGUAUAGAAAUUUAUGAAGUUUCAAAAUCACACUUUUCUUCCAAAGCUCCUCAUUAUGUAUAUUCUCCUCGUGAGUUAACUAGGUGGUGUAAAGGUUUAUUUAAUGCUUUACAAAGCGAUAAUUAUGAUGACUUACACAAGUUUUUACGAUUAUGGUAUCACGAAGGUUUGAGAUUAUUUCAUGAUAGACUUUCUAAUGAAGAUGAUAAAAAUUGGACCAAAAAUUUAUUUCACGAUAAUGCCAGAAAACUUUUCCCAAGUAUCAAUCUUAGUGAUUGUUUCAAAACCCCAAUUUUUUUUAGUGAUUGGUUAAGUUUGAAGUUUCAAUCUGUUGAUGAACAUUCUUUAAGGACUUUUGUCAAAGAAAGACUAAGGGUAUAUAGUGAGGAAGAAAAUACUACAAAUCUAAUUUUACAUGAAGAUAUGUUAGACCAUAUAUUGCGUAUUGAUAGAGUGCUUAAGCAAUCUCAAGGUCAUAUGAUAUUAAUAGGUCCAAGCUCGAGUGGGAAAUCCACACUUUCAAAAUUCGUCGCUUGGAUUAAUGGUUUAAAAGUUGUUCAACUAAAUGUCAGAACUGGAUAUACAAUAGAUACUUUUGAUGAUACUUUGAGACAAUUGUUGUUACGAUGUGCAGAUGGUGAGAAAAUUUGUUUAUUGAUUGAUGAAUCAAGCAUAGUAGAAGCUUCAUUUGUUGAAAGAAUGAAUAUAUUAUUAGCUAAUGCAGAGAUACCUGGAUUAUUUGAAGGUGAUUCGCACCAGUUAUUAAUGAAGAAAUGUUUAGAAAAAUCCCAAUCUCAAGGAUUAGCACUUGAGUCGGAAAGAGAGUUAAAUAAUUGGUUUACUGAACAACUAUCACAGAAUUUACAUGUUAUUUUCACAAUUGGAGAAACUCCCACAGGUGCAAGUGGUAAUGUUAUAUCAUCCCCCGCUUUAUUUAAUAGAUGUGUUUUGAGUUGGAUGGGAGAUUGGUCAGACAGUUGUUUACAAGAGAUUGCUUCUAGUGAGUUGAAUAAGGUACCUCUCGAUGCUUCACCAAUGGAAAUUGUAUCAGGUUCUACAAUUGAUCAUAAAGAAGGAAUUGUAUCAUAUAUGAUUUAUGUUCAUCGUAAUAGUCUAGAAACAGCUACAACUUUUCCAAAAGAGUUUUUAACACUACUAAAUACUUUUAUUGAAUUAUACAAACAGAAACAAGUAGAAUACGAGGAAAAUCAAAGACAUGUUAUUAUUGGUUUAAAUAAACUUCGUGAAUCGAUGAUACAAAUAGAUAAGUUAAAAGCUGAUCUUGCCACUAAGGAGCAAGCUUUACAAGUUAAAUCUAAUGAAGCUAGAUUAAUGCUAAACACAAUGUUACUUGAUCAAAAUGAAGCUGAAAGAAAACAAGAAUUUUCAAUAGAAACUCAAGCAGAAUUAGAAAAACAAGAAAUUGAAAUAAGAAAAAGACGAGAGUAUGUCUUGAAUGAAUUGAGAUAUGUAGAACCGGCAGUUCUUGAAGCUCAAAGAGGGGUUCAAAAUAUUAAGAAGCAACAUCUUACUGAAAUCAGAAGUAUGAUUAACCCUCCAAAUGGAGUUAAAUUGACUAUGGAAUCUGUUUGUAUCAUUUUAGGUUAUAAUGUUUCAAAUUGGAAAGAAGUUCAAUCAGUAGUUAGAAGUGAUGAUUUUAUCGCAAAUAUUGUUAAUUUUGAUUGUGAGACUCAAUUACCACCAGAAUUACGUGAAUACAUGGAACAGGUAUAUUUAUCAAGAGAUGACUUCACAUUUGAAGCUGUACAUAGAGCAAGUAAGGCAUGCGGUCCUUUGCUAGAAUGGGUAAGAGCUCAAUUGGCAUAUUCGAAAAUUCUAAAAGAUGUUGGACCAUUACGUGAAGAAGUUCGUCACCUAGAGAAGCAAACUUUGAAAACAAAAGCUCAAUUAAUUGCAAUUGAUGAGAUGAUUCAGGAAUUAGAUAAAAAGAUAGAAGAAUGUAAAAAUGGUUAUAGUGAAUUAAUAAGAGAAAGUGAAAGAAUUAGAAUCGAUUCAGAUGUUGUCAAACAAAAAUUAGACAGAAGUGUGAAAUUAAUUAAGAAUCUUGAAACGGAAAGAAAUAGAUGGAAAAAGUCAAUUGUAUCAUUUGAAAAACAAAAUAGUCAAUUAGUUGGAAAUGUUUUGCUAUGUGCGUCGUAUCUUACAUAUGCUAGUAAAUUUGAUGAAAAAAGACGUGAAUUGUUGAUGCAAGAUUGGAGUCAGCAAUUGAAGAAAUUAGGAAUAUUCUUUGAUUCAGCAUUAUCUGUUUCAAACUUUACAUUUAAGAGAGAAGAUAUCAAGCAUUGGGUUGAAAUUGGACUGGUGAACGAUGAAACAUUUACUUCAAAUAUACUUGCAAUUGAGAAAAAUCAAAAUCCAAUUUUAAUAGAUCCAAAUAGCACAAUUGUUAAUUUAAUCCAAAAAAAUAAUUCGAACAGAAUGAUCACUAGAACAAGUUUUAAAAACUCAAAUUUUAUGAGUAAUUUAGAAAAUUCAUUGAGAUUCGGUGGAAUGUUGAUUGUCGAAGAUUGUGAAUAUUAUAAUCCAAUAUUAGAUAAUUUGUUUAGACUGGGUGUACAAAAAUUAGGAGGAAGAAUGGUUAUUAAACUUGAAGAGCAAAUGGUUGACUAUAAUCCAAGUUUCAAAUUAAUCAUGUGUACUAAACGAUCUACAUUAGAAUUAUCAGAUUUUGUCAAGGCUCGUACUACAACUGUUAAUUUUGCCGUCACUAGUGGUAAUUUAGAAAACAUUGCUUUGAAUAUUGCACUCAAAAAAUCAGACCCUGAAUUAGAAAGUCAAAGAUCAGAAUUGGUUUUUAGCAAAAGUGAUUUGGUUUAUCGUAUAGAAAAUUUGGAAGAUGAUUUGUUACAAUCAUUAAAUACCACUACUGAAAAUAUAGUUGAUGAUGAUAAAGUAUUAAAUACUUUGGAAUUCUUGAAGAAAGAAGGUAACGAGUUGAGUGAAAAAUUAAACAACGCAGAAAGUAUAAUAUUAAAUGUUAAUCAAGUGAGGGAGAAAUACAAAGAGUUGGCAUAUCAAACUACUAAAGUUUUUGAAAUUUUACACGUUUUAGAAAACAUUUCCACAUUCUAUCAUAUAUCAUUGAGUAAAUUCAUUAGCAUUUACAAAUCUGUUAUUGAAUCUGAAGACUUGGACAAGAUUGAAUUGUUAAUUGCUUCUUUAUAUGCAAAUGCGUUUGAAGUUGUAGCUCCAUCAUUAACUAAGGAAAGUAGUUUAAUUUUGGCUGUAUUACUAUCAAUAUUUUUGAAUAUUUUUAAAUAUGGAGAGAAUUAUGCAAAGAAUAUUAAAAUGCUAUUAUCUGGUAAUUUUGAUGAAGGUAAUUUUUUAAGUGAUUGUUCUAUCGUAUCAGAACCUGAAUUAUCGUUUAAUGACUUGGUUGAGCAGAAUUUGGGCAAUGAAUUGUUAAAUCAAUUUUCCUUUUUAAAAGAAAAGUAUACUUCAAAAUCAUUAGUGAAUCAUUUAAUUACAAAUGUGGCUGCUAAAGACUAUAAUUUGGGACAAUUGCUUACUACAAAUAAUAAAUUUAUCAUAAUUUCUCCUCAAGAUUAUGAUGCUACUUUCAAAAUUAUGGAUUGUGCCAUAAAAGAUGAUAAAACUUCAGUGGUAAUCGCAAUGGGCGCUAAAGAAAGUACAAAACUCGUUGAUCAGCAAUUAGAGGUUGCUACGAAUUCGCCAGUAUGGCUUGUUAUUGAAAAUGUUCAAAUGUCCCCUAGUUGGCUUAUUAGAUUAGAAUCAUUAAAUUUUCAACUACACAAAGAUUCAAAAUUAUUUUUAACAUGUAAUGAAACAUCAAUUAUUCCACCUACGUUAAUAGCUACUAGUCAAGUUCUUCAUUUUGCAAAUGAUAGAUCAUUCAACAAUAACUUUUUAGAAACAUUCAAACUCAUACAAUCAAAGUAUUUGAAAGGUGCUAUACACUUGCAUAUUUUUGUGUUGUAUACUUGGUUUCAUAGAAUAUUGAUGGAAAGUGGUAAAUACUGUCCUUACACUUUCAGCAAAAAGUAUGAUCUAAAUGAGUCUGAUUUCAUCUGUGGUGUUUAUAUUAUUGACAAAAUAUUAAGUGAUGUCACAGAGGAUGAAUCGUUAGUUCAAUGGAAGGAAAUUACAUUUAUGGUGUGUGUGAUAGUUUAUGGUGGUAAAAUUGAUGAACCAAAAGAUCAAGAAUAUAUCAAAAGAUUGGCUUCCUCGUUAUUUACAAAAGGUUCACUAGAUCUGGACUUCAAGUUAGUUGAAACUCUUCAUUUACCAGAGGGAAAUAAUAUUGAUAAUUAUAUUAAAUGGAUAAAUGAAUUACCAGACGAAUUGUCUAUUACAUGGCUAGGAUUAGACAGCAGCAUUAAAGAAUCUUUAGAUGAGAAAAUGGCCGAAAAUGUAAUAAAGCAAGUUUCAAAAUUAUUAGAGCUUAUUUGA